AUGAAGAAGGAGCAGGUCAGUUCUCAUGUUGUUCGAGCUGCCGUCAACAGAAGAGUUGGAAGCUCCAUUACAACUUUAGCUUCAGAUCAGAUACACUCAGAUCUAAGCCAAGUUCCAGAGGCUAGAAUCAGAGGAGAUUCUAGCAAUCUCUCGAACGCUCGCUCAUUUGCGACCAGGAGCAGCUGUCAAUCGAAAUAUUUUCCAGACUGGAACUAUACGUCCACCGUAUGUACAGCAUCAUUCAUAGCUAACUAUACUCAUAUGCAAAGGAAUUAUGGGAAACUCAAGAAGUUCUACUAUGGGGCAGAAAAUAUUAUGCGAUUCGUCAUCAGCACAGUGGACGACCAAACUAUCGAACGAGUGGCCGCAGCGUUGAGAAAUCCAAAGGAAGCAUCGGAUCUCAUUAUCGCCGACGUGUUUCGAAAUGGUUACAUCAUAGCUGUAAUUGCUGUUUGCCUUUUUAUCUCGUUUAUUACGUUAGUAGCAUGUAUUCUUCAAUCAACACUACACCUUUUUGGCGGCAGCAAGGUGAGAAAGCGACUUUCUUUCAAGAAUUGA